AUGAUUAUGACGGAACCAACAAAUGCUGAUAAAUCAUCCAGUCAAAGAUUAUUGGCGGUUAAUAUUAAUAUUGAUAAUUUUCAGAAUCAAGAAGAAUUAGUUAUUAUCGAUGAAGUUGAAACAGAAAUUAUACUGAAUAUAUCUAAUGAAAAUAGAGCACUUAUGUCAACAAACAUGGCCAUGGAUCAUGAUUAUGAUAUGGCAACAAUAGAUGCAGCAACAGUAAACGUUCAUUCACCAAAUAAAUCAUCAAAGGAAAUGACGUCUCAUUAUUUACCUGCAUGGGAAAAACAAAUUUUAUCAUUUUAUAAAACAUAUACAUUUGAUAUAUUUAAUGUUCGACGCGAGAAACUCGUUUGCUGGUUGUAUAACAAAAAAGAUAAAAAGGAAAAUGAUAGUCUUGGAUGUAAACUUUGUGAAAAAUAUCAAAAAACAUUCAACUCAAAUGGAAAAAUGAAUUUAUGGUGUACAAUAGGAUAUAAAAUAAUUAAAUUGUCAAAAAUAAAGGAAGAUAAAGAAAAUGAAGUUCAUAAACAAGCACAAGAACUUGAAUUACAAACAGCAUCUCAUGCUCAACUAGGGAUGCAACAAAUCUUGAGUAGAUUUGUAGAAAUUGAUGGUGUACUUCGAGCCAAAUGUGUAUACGGAAGUUGUACUCAAACGUUAUCAAUUCCAAAUUGGUCAACAUCAUCGUUAAUUAAGCAUCUACGUACUGUCCAUAAAGUUGAUGAUUUAAAAAAGAGUUCAAAUGGUCGUGUUGCGACAGGUCGAGUAAUACAAAAACUACCAAAAGCGAGAAAAAAACGUCUUGAUCGUUUAGCUUUAGAAGCUAUCGUACAUGAUGGUAGAAGUUUUAAUGAUUUUCAUAGAAGUGGAUUAAAGCGGUUUUUUCAAUAUGCAAUUCCCGGUUAUAUUCCACCUCAUCGCAACACCGUUCACAAUAAAUUACAAGAGUUAUAUGCUUUUCAUUACAAAUUAAUGGUCGGAAAAUUAUCGAAUAUAUCCGAUAUUGCAAUUACAACUGACUUUUGGUCGGAUAAAAAAUGCAAAUCUUAUUUAGUAUUAACUGGUCAUUUCAUCACCGACGAUUUCAAGUCUACCUCGAUGAUUUUACAAUUUUCAAGUUUUGAUAAACGUCAUUUUUCUGAUUUAAUUGGUAAAGAAAUCGAGAAGCAAUUAACUGAUUUAAAUAUAUUUCAUAAAAUAACUACUAUUACUUGUGAUAACGCACCUAAUAUGUUAGGAUUAUUUCAACAUUUAUCACGUGCUGAUAUACAGCAUAUUCCGUGUAUGGCACACCUUCUUCAUUUAAUAGUAUGCAAUGGUCUGGGUAUUUGGGAAACAACACAGAAUUACUGUAAUGAAGGCUCUAUUGAAUCCAUCAAUAACAAAAAUGAAGACGAUUUUGAUGAACGUCUUAGUCAAUCUGUAAGGACAAUGGAUAUUAGGGAUGUUGAUAGUAUACAAGUACAACCUGAUAAUGAAAAUCAACCAACUAAAGAAGAAGAAGAAACAGAAUCUGGUGAUGAAAUCAUUGACGAAGAAGCAGUACCUGAUGAUAAAGAAGAAUCUGAAUUGAUAACAAGCAACUCGACCGAUGCCAAUGAUGUUGAAACAGAUGAAAUCGAAGACAAUUUUCAAGUUGGAUUAAUCACAAGUGAAGAUGACGAUCAAGAAGAAGUAGCAACUACUACUAAACGAGAAGUUGGUCGUGCUUUGCAAAAAUGCCGUCAAUUGAUUUCUACAAUAAAAAAUUCCAAUGUCUUUCAAUUAUUUCUGAAAGAUUUGAUAAUUGAAUUUAACAAUACAAAUGAAUCAAAAAUAAACCGUUCACUUCAACUCGACGUGAAAUCCCGAUGGAAUUCAACGCAUUAUAUGCUCGAAGCGUUCGUAAUAUUUCGUCCAAUCAUCGAUAGUUUAUUUAAAAAUAUUCGUAAAAUGAAUUUGUCAAAAAAACAAACAAAUAGUUUGUUAAAAUUAGAAAUAUCUAAUACUUGUUGGGAUGUUGUUGAACAAUUACUAAAAGUUUUAGAACCAUUUCGUAAUGCAAUAGAACAUAUAAGCGGAACUCAAUAUCCCACAGUAGGAUUAACACUGUUUGUUUUUCGUAAAAUUCAACAUCAUUUUUUGGAAUUAUCUCGACCUGAUGAUACUGAAUUGCUGAAAAAUAUGAAGGAAGUUCUUCAUGAUAAAUUAAUACAUUAUAUCAAUAUAUACAAUGAAGGUUUUAAAACUUUGAUGGUACAUGCUUAUUUCGAUCCUUAUGGCUUUUCUGUAUUGAGUCAAAAAGAAAUUGGUUCAAUCGAGCGCCAUCUAAAAAAUUCAAUUCGUCCAUUACCUGGUGAACAACAACCAUCCACAAAAAUGUCAUCAACACGAAAAUUAACACCACUGGAUAAAUUUCUGAAUUCGAUUGAUAGUGAUAAUAAUUGUGAACCAUCUUCAGUGAAUAAACCACCAGCAUAUUUUUUAGCGGAAGAAACAAAACGUUAUCGUCAAUUAGCAACACGUUUUAUUUCUGAUGUCAGUGAAGACAAAAGCGCUUUGUUCUUCUGGAAAUGUAAUAAGCAUUUAUUACCUGGUCUAUCAACGUUAGCGAGAAAAUAUCUUGCUACUCCAGCUACAAGUGUUCCUUCAGAAAGUGCUUUUAGUAAAAGCGCAUAUUAUGGUCGAAAGGAGCGUACGAAUUUAAAUGCUCUUGGUGUCAAAUUAUUAUCAGCAGAAAUAGGUGGUGUAUGUUAUCGUAAUGACAACGUUGCUCUCGAAUUCUUACGUCAUGUUGCUUCGUAUUUGCAUGAAGAAAUUCUUGAGAAGAUAAAAAAUAGUCCAUCUAUAAGUUGGAUGCUUGAUGAAAGUACAUCCCGCACCGUAGAAAAAAAGCUUGAUAAUUUAUAUGGUGAUGGUUCGGCUGAUAAUAUAGUAAAAUGUAUUGAAUCGUUAUGGAGAGCAGAUGAUUUAGAUCCUGGAAAAACAUGUUGGUUUGCAACAGAUAACGCUGCAACUUUUACAGGGAUAAACAAUGGUGUUAUUGCUAAAUUAAAACGUGAUUUUGGUCUAGAUUUCGUUGAAUUAAAUGCAUGUACCGCACAUAGUUUUGCUUUGGUUGGAAAUCAAGCUGGAUUUACCAAGCAUGACAACGAAGAAAAACCUAGAAAACGUGAAUUAAUUUGCAAACUGGAAGGUAUACUAGGAAAAAUUUAUCAGCAUUUUGGUUCAAGUGCAACUCGAACCUUCAAGCUCAAAUGUUGGCAAAAUUUUUUAGAGAUUCCCGAAUUGAAAUUUAAACGAUUGUUUCAAAUUCGAUGGACAGCUAUUCGAGAUUCAAUAAAACCAAUCAUGUUAAAUAUUGUACCAGGAAAUCAAGCAUUAUUAGCAACACUUCAAGAAUCCAAAUUUGAUAAACGUUUAACCAAUAAUGAUCGUCAAACAUCAGCUGAUCUCUUAACAUUGAUAUUAGAUGAUGAAUUUUUAUUUAUGAUACACUUUCAUUAUGAUUUACACGAGUGUAUAUUAGGUGAGAUAAUUUUUAUUGUUUCUUGGGAUUAUUUUAUUUCAAUUAAAGGAGAUUUAACAAAAAUUCUUCAGAACGAUGAUUUACCAUAUUUUACAUUUAUGAACAUAUUAAAUGAAAAAAAACUAUUUUAA